UCUGAAGCAAACCAAAUGGCUAACGAGGAUAAUAUAUUAUUUUACCAAGUAUCUAUUUCACGCCAGCUCACAUGUGUUUUACUGUUCAUUUCCUUGGCUCACACUCAAAACGUUGUCGGUAAGACUUGAACAACGCUAACGUCAACUGGACCAGUGGUCACUGCGCUUUUGCUCGGAAACACAUCCGACAUCUCUUUGAAUCUGAGGACAGUCUCUCCAUCUAAUACAACAGGAAGCAUUGGAUCUCCAUCAUGUGAAGCUGAGGUAACCCAGUGGGUGCUCACAAGGGAGCAUGUGGGAAAGACUGCAGUUCGGAUUCAGCUGAGCCUGAAUAAAAGUCUGCGUCUGUGUGGUAAGAAUGAGGAUGACACAAACUGCUGUCUAAAGGCACUGUGUGUCCUGGAGACCCUUCAGGUGUCGGCCUGUGUGGGCAGUAAACCUCAGGCAUCCCUGCUGAUCCAGGCCAAGAUACACGCUGUGUUGGUUCCUGCUAAUGUUGGAUCAAAUAAUAAAACAAUCAUUCCAAACCAAGUCUACCAACCACUGGGCUCUUGUCCCUGUGACCUCACCUUUAGAGCCUGUGAUGUGCGCUGCUGCUGUGACAAGGACUGUUCCAUUGAAGAACUGAAGCUGUUUGUGUCCCACUGUCUCCCGGGGCCCUUUGGUGGACAGGUCUCUCCUGCUCCAGAUUAUCAGUGCUCUGUGCAGUCCUUUGAAAACUCCCCAGAUUGGUUUCCAAUUUUAUGUGUCACUUCUCCACCUGAAAACAACCCUUACCUUGGGCUCUUUUACCAGGGAAACACAAUCGCAUCCAAAGCUGGCCCAUCCUUCCAAAGGCCAGUUUUGUCAGCUCCAGUGCCAGCUAGUGUUUAUAUACAAGGAAGUCCCAUUUUCUUAAUGAAUGACCAGUACUUCACUGUUCCCCAGAAGGUGCUCGGGCGGUGUGUAAACAAUGCUCCUGUAGCAUUUUUGAUAAAUUUCAAAGUCAACUGUGUAUCUCUGCUACGCUCCUGUCCAACUGGUUCUCCCUUACAGACACUACCAACAAAUUUGAGGACUAAAGUAAAGAAUGGGCAAGGGGGUGAUGUUAUAGUGGAUGUAAUCGAUGACGUGGCCAUUGACACAAGCCAGUUUAUUUCAAGCACAGAUGCCUCUUCAGAUGAGGAGCUAGUCUGUGAGAACGUGACCUUAGCGCUGGAUUACAAAUUCUACUGGAAAGGAAAUGGCAUCACAAGUAUCACACUGACUCACACUGUUGGGACUAUCACGUUUAAUAACAGUGUUGCCAUAACUACAAGGUAUUCUGCCGUGUUUCUAAAUGGAGAAUUCAUUGGUGAGCCCAACUCAGGGAACCCAGGUUAUCAGGUGGGAAGGCCUGUUAUUGCUGGAAAUGUGGACACUUUGGACAAUAACACAGGCUCAGUACAGAGGACGUCAAUCAAUCUUUGGAAACCAGUGAGGGAUGGCCUCUGUGCCACUGCUGAGACUAGACCAAUUCUGUUUGGGGAGAAUUCCACAUCAGGAUGUCUGCUACCUGUCAGCCAACAUAAUCUGACUCAGUGUAGUCUCCUGAGGGAGACUGUUACUUAUCUACAGGCUGCUUUGAUUACAGCCACAUAUGUGGCAAAGAGUGGAAACCCAGAUCCUCUAGCUAUGACAGACUGGGUGAACAUAUCCUUUGUGACAAAUAACUCAAGCACAACUAUGGAAGAUACCAUAAGUUCAUGUCACAGGGUUCCAUCCCACCAGCAUAUCCAUGUUUGGAGUGUAAUCACUGGCGUGGUAGAAGGCAUACCUCAAAGGGAUAUACAGGCUUUGCAAGUCAGCUACAUCCUGUCUCCCUGGGCAUUGGAUUGUGGAGGAGGUGAUGUCUCUCAAUGUGUGGACCCAAUGGAGACUCAGUUGUUUCCCAUCACCUCCUCUGUCACCUUUAUUGACAUUCCUGUCAACACAGGACCACCAAAAACCAGGUUUCAGAUCAACUUUACAGAGUAUGACUGUAACAGGAAUGAUGUGUGUUGGCCUGAGCUUGCCUACCCCAUCACCAAGUAUUACACAGGUGAGCCAUAUUCUCAGUCGCUGGCUAAGGGACUUAUCUUAGUUUUCUUCUUUAUCACCGCCUCGAUUCUUGGGACUCCAUGGAGACAAAUCCGACAGGCGUGGAACUAGUGCCAUUCUCAAAAACUCUGAGAAAAUGCAAAGUAACAAAAAUGAGGAGGAAGACACAGACGGAUGGGC